AUGCCAUCGUGGGAUGUAAGGAAAGAGGAACAUGAUAAAUAUGCUGAUUGGAUGAGAUCAAAUCACAUGGUUGUAAUUGGUUGUGAAGGGAUUGGAUCUCCCAUAGCCAAGUGGAUGGGGUUCCCUAAACCUAAAUAUGUUGGGUAUUGUAGCAUCCGUGGGCUAGGAUACUUUCCUAAUGGUCAUUCAUAUCAAAACAAAAUGUCCAAUAUUAAUGGAAGUGGUGUACGAGCAGGAUGGUUUCCUGUUUAUUCUACUAAAAUAUAUUGGAAUAUAAGUUUUAAGCGCGACUCUCCUGGCCCUAAAAUCAGUGACCCGGAUGAACUGAGAAAGCAAUCAAAAGAGCUACUGCGAGGGUGGUCUGCCGAGACACUACUAGACAUCAUUGAUCAUACACUAGACGAUACAAUCAUCAGAGCACCCAUGGCCGAUCGAUGGUUGUGGCCUGGCCUUAAUCCAUUGGCUUAUUCAGGAAGAGUGGCAGUGGUGGGUGACGCCUGGCAUCCAAUGACUCCCAAUUUAGGACAAGGAGCUAGUGUUGCAUUGGAAGACUCAGUUGUUUUGGGUAGAAAGCUUGCGCACGCAGUUAAAUCGGGAUCAUCUUCAUUAGUGGAAGAGGCUUUGGAGUCGUAUGAGAGAGAAAGAUGGCCCGUAGUGUUUCCUCUGGCCAUAAAAGCCAAUUUAUUAGGAGCGGUUCUACAAACGAGGAAUCCGAUUGUUGGUUAUUUUAGGGAUAAUAUUUUCACUCCAAGGCUAAACCCUCAAAGCAUGUUUAAGCAUACCAACUUUGAUGUUCAGCCCUUAGGCUUACACACCAAACAAUAAUUUCAUCUUCUAAGGUACUCUAAAAUUUUCGAAAACAUAUUUUUAUAUCGUAUUUUUUAUUUAUUUUAAUCCUUAGUUAUUUUAAUAAAUUAUGCAUUUGGCCUCCUCA